AUGUCCAAACGAGCGGCAUCUGAGUCUCAUGAUGACGAACCUACCUCGAAACGCAUCAGGAAUCAUGAAGGGACGAGAGCGCCAUCACCGCUGGCAGAUCACGGCGCAUGGCGCAUUCUGGAGCAGUACCUCACUACUGAUAUGACCUACCCUCAGAUGGAGGCGGCUUUUGCCUCGUACUUGGGCAAUCGAUACGACGCAGAUGAUUGGAAAGAAGCUCGCGACGCGUUGUUCUCCGGCGACGAUGAUAACUGCCUCGCCUUAGCAAAUCUUCUCGCCUUGAAGGCCAGGCAUAUACCCCAGGGCGCCUCCAGUACAUCGACAGUCGUUACCCUGCGGAAAGAUUCUGCAAUAUCUACGGCUGCCCCGAAGGCAGCGGUUCGCUUGAAAAGCGCACGCGUCCGAAGACCAAAAAAUCCCUUUAUCGACGAUGAGGCAUCUGAUGACGAUGACGAUGAUGUUGAGGAGGAGGAGGAGGAGGAGGAGGAGGGGGAAAACUCGCAGGUGGAGGGUGACGAUGGCCCUUCUGUGCGGUCAUUGAACGUUACACGCUUGCCAGGACCUUCAUCGGCCAAGGAUAAGCUAUCCGCAGCGAUCGAUCACAUCUUUGACAGGUACGAAAACGCCCCAAGCACCAGUCAUAGAGCGGUCUCGUCCUCCGGCGCGGUCCCAAGCAGGAUGUACCUUCUCCAUGUUCACAGAUCUGCCACGCAACGUGUCGCUGAACAUCUCAGGAGCAAUGGAGUAGCGGUUACCGUAUCGCCUUGGAUACCAGGCCAGCUCUAUGCUGUCUCAGAUAGCCCUAGAACGAUUGCGACAACGCUUAAUUUACUCUCUUCCUCCGUGAAAGAUUAUACUCACAUCUCGGAGGAAGAACGAGCAGCGGUCGAACGUUCACGCUCUACACUUCCCAACCCCGGGUGGGUGAAGAUCACACAGGGAAAAUACAAGGGCGACAUCGGCUAUGUCUUCGACCCCAAACAAUUAAACGACUUCGUCACAGUAUUGAUUCCCCCACGCGACUUCCCCUACGACAUGCCUAAGAGAUCUGUGGCGCUGCUCGACCGAGCUCGCCUGCCGAAUGACAAAACAGUGUCUGACAUUCUUCAGGAUGAUAAAGUCGUGGGAUGGUCGUACAAAGGAGAACGAUACUACAUGGGACUUUUGCUGAAGAACUUUCGCCGCGACGGUCUGGAGCUGGUCGCCUCCCCUCAUGCUAACGACAUUCGACUACAUCUCCAGUCCGGGUGGGAUGUACCUUUCUUCAAGAAAACUCUGAAGACCUUCUCACUGCAGUUCUUGCGCGUUGGUGAUUCGGCCAGGCCUAUCACAGGAGAAGUCUGUCAAGAAAUUGGCACGGUCGUUUCGACAAACCAUGCGUCUGGCUCCGCAUGCUUAAAGUUCAUCCUCGAUGGGCAUGGGCAAGAACUGGAAUUUCGACUCCAGGACAUUGAGCGUGUCUUUUGGGUUGGCGACACGGUUCGAGUCGUAGCGGGCGCUUACGCAGGUCUGGAAGGGCACAUCAUUAAGAAGUCUGAGGACUUGUUUCACGUAUGUCAAGAAGCCACCAAUGAAGAGGUGGAAGUAUCGAAGUACUAUCUAGAUCGUCGUCCUCUAACUCACGUUCUUCAAUCCCGGCUGCCAAUGCAGCCAGAUUUCGACCCUCUCCCCGAGCCCGAAUCUCUUCAAAUCGGGGACGAGAUAGAAGUAUGUGCGGGAGAGUACAUGGGGAAAUGCGGGAAUGUGGUGUGGUUUCCUAUUGGGGGGACUACGCUGUGGUUCCGAGCUGAGGGCAAUAUCGAGGAUGAGUUGAUCAACGCCCCCACAGCAUUUGUACAGCGCAUUCGUCCCUUCAAGACUCUCCAAUUUACCAAGGAAAGGGGUUAUGAUGUUAAGCCCGGAGACGUCGUGAUUGUCGCCCGUGGGCCAGAGUUCCAGACAAAAGGGGUGGUGCAAGCCGUGGACUUCGCAAAUGCGCGCCUGACCCUGAUUUCUGAGGGCGAUUACUCACUCGUUAACGUUCCUAUUGGAUUUGCCAUGAAAUUAUCCAACGUGAACCCGGAUUCAUUUCGCGACAUCAUCGGUAAAGAAGUCUUUAUCAUCGGAGCGCGCACUACGGUUAAACGCGAGGACGUUGCUACUAGAUACGGAAUGAGGUUAAACGGUGCAAUACUCGAAGGUCCGGACAUGAUCUCCUUCUGCGAGAUGCAGAAAAAAUCGUACAUCAUGCCGCCAUGUCGAAGCAAGACCCCUCCACCUGAUCCCGUAGUCCCAUCCAGUUCUAGUAUGGAUCCCAGCUCCAGCGAGUGGUCCAACUGGUCCAGCCAUAACAACCAUGAUUCGGCGGAUGGCCUUGGUGUCAAGACAUACGACCCCUGGGUUGCUACUAAUGCAGAGGACAUCGAGGACGCCAUCGCAGAUAUAAAGGAGAAGUCCCGAAACGGCAGCCCGUUACCUUGGUUGAUGAACAAGGAGUUUGCGUUGAAGUUGACUCGUCAUCACGUGGUGCUUAAAGUAUCACCAAGUUUCAUGGGAGGCAGACUGCAUAAUCGCUUCGUAUCUACGGCCUGUCCUGACCCGUUCUGCGGUGAGAAUGGACCCGCACCUGAUGGCUGCGUCGCGGUAUUUUGUACAUCUAACGGUGCCGGAGCCGCGCUUCAGCACUAUCACAUCCCCGUCAGUGAUCUUAGUCCAGCUCCACCGCGCAAAAAAAAACCAAAAGUGUCUCGUCCUGGAUGGCGACACUCGUGGUGA